AGGGUUGGUGCCACCCAUGGGGAUCUUCUGGGUGGCCACAGAAGCCAUGCAGAUGCCACCCAAGGUCACCUCCUUGAUGGACAUGGAAGCCAUGGAGGUGCCACCAGGGUUGGUGCCACCUAUGGGGACCUCCUGGGUGGCCACAGAAGCCAUGGAGAUGCCAGCAGGGGAGGUGGAAGCCAUGGGGACCUCCUUGGUGGCCACACAAGUUGUGGAGAUGCCACUCAAGGACUUCUUCUGGAUGGUCCUGGAGAUGCCCCCAGGGUUGGUGCUGCCCAUGGGGACCUCCUGGCCGGUCCUGGAAGCCUUGGAGAUGCCACCAAGCACCACAACGGAGAGGUCCUGCAAGCCAGGGCAGAGGGACCCUGGGUGGCCACCUGGGAGGCCAGCUCCAGACCACACAAGAGGACACUGGAGACCACCCCAGGAGCUGGGGGCAAGAGGCCCAGGCUGGAGGUUAGCAAGGAGGAAGAGGAGGAGGAGGAGAAGAUGGACACCAGGCCACCCCAACCUUUCCAGGACCUUCUGGACCUCAAGGAGGACCCAGAGGACCUCAGCGACCUUGGGAGCUUGGGGUCGCCUCCAGCCAGUGAUGGAGCCUUGGAGCACCCUUGGGCUACCUAUGAAGGUGCCAGCUCUGAGGAGGAUGCCCCCAGAGCCCCUCCCAGCCCUGUGCCCCCCAAGCCCCAACUGCGCUUCGAGAUCAGCAGUGAGGAUGGACUGAGAGUGACCUCUGCCACCAUAGAGGGGGCCUGGCGCGGAGUCAUCGAGAAGGUGCAGGAGGCCAGAGCCAGCGCCCGGCUGAGGAACCUCUCCUUCGCUGGCAUGAGCGGGCUGCGGCUGCUGGGCAUGCAGCACGAUGCUGUCACCUUCCUGGUGGAGCAGCUGCCGGGGGCCGGCUCCUGCCGGGGCUACAGGUUCCGGUACCACCCCCGCAGGGACCCCCCCCGGGCCCCCCAGAUGAACCCUUCUGGCUGCGCCCGGGCAGAGCUCUACCUCAGGAAGUGCACCUUCGACAUGUUCAGCUUCCUGGCCUCCCAGCACCGCUGCCUGCCCCGGGGCCCCCCCCCCAGGGAGGAGGAGGAGGACGAGGUGCAGCUGAAGCCCACCCGCCGCGCUGCCAGCCUGGAGCUGCCCAUGGCCAUGCGCUUCCGGCACCUCAAGAGGACAGCCAAGGAGGCCGUGGGGGUCUACCGCUCGGCCAUCCACGGGAGAGGUCUCUUCUGCAAGAGGAACAUCGAGGCCGGGGAGAUGGUCAUCGAGUACUCCGGGAUCGUGGUGCGCUCCGUGCUCACCGACAAGAGAGAGAAGUUCUACGACAGCAAGGGCAUCGGGUGCUACAUGUUCCGGCUGGACGAGGGGGAGGUGGUGGACGCCACCAUGCACGGCAGCGCCGCGCGCUUCAUCAACCACUCCUGCGAGCCCAACUGCUACUCGCGGGUGAUCCAGGUGGAGGGCGCCAAGCACAUCGUCAUCUUCGCCCUGCGCCGCAUCCUGGCCGGCGAGGAGCUCACCUACGACUACAAGUUCCCCAUCGAGGAGCCCUCGGCCAAGCUGCCCUGCAACUGCGGCGCCAAGCGCUGCCGGCGCUUCCUCAACUGAGC